GGCAGAGAGAGUCCUGCCCCGCUCAGGAAGUGCCCCUGGGCGGGGGACGGGGAGUCCUCACCUCCGGACCGAGGCAAAGGUUUCUGGGGGUGAAGAGGGCGCAUCGCCCUCUGCCCCCGCCGGCACCCUGGCCAUGACGGGCAAGUCAGUGAAGGACGUGGAUCGGUACCAGGCGGUCCUGGCCAACCUGCUGCUGGAGGAGGAUAACAAGUUUUGUGCGGACUGCCAGUCUAAAGGGCCACGAUGGGCCUCCUGGAACAUUGGUGUGUUCAUCUGCAUUCGAUGUGCUGGAAUCCACAGGAAUUUGGGGGUGCACAUAUCCAGGGUAAAAUCAGUUAACCUUGACCAGUGGACUCAAGAACAGAUUCAGUGUAUGCAAGAGAUGGGGAAUGGAAAGGCAAACCGACUUUAUGAAGCCUACCUUCCUGAGACCUUUCGGCGACCUCAAAUAGACCCAGCUGUCGAGGGAUUUAUUCGAGAUAAAUAUGAGAAGAAGAAAUACAUGGACCGAAGUCUAGACAUCAAUGCCCUUAAGAAAGAAAAAGAUGACAAGUGGAAAAGAGGGAAUGAGCCAGCUUCAGAGAAAAAAAUGGAACCUAUUGUUUUUGAGAAAGUGAAAAUGCCACAGAAAAAAGAAGAUCCACAGCUACCUCGGAAAAGCUCCCCGAAAUCCACAGCACCUGUCAUGGAUUUGUUAGGCCUCGAUGCUCCUGUGGCCUGCUCCAUUACCAGCAGUAAGACCAGCAAUGCCCUAGAGAAGGACUUAGAUCUUUUGGCCUCUGUUCCAUCCCCCUCUUCUUCCGCUUCCAGAAAGGUGGUAGGUUCCAUGCCAACUGCAGGGAGUGCCGGCUCCGUUCCUGAAAACCUGAACCUGUUUCCAGAGCCAGGGAGCAAAUCAGAAGAAACAGGCAAGAAACAGCUCUCUAAAGACUCCAUCCUCUCACUGUACGGAUCCCAGACGCCUCAGAUGCCUGCCCAAGAUGACCCAGCAGAUGGCUGGGAUGAACUUAUGUGGAGCCAAUGGCAUGCUGAGCUAUGGACCGUCGAUGAGCGGCGGAAAUGGACAGGCAGCAAGUCAGACUCUCAGCUCUCAGAUGUGGAAAUGAAUACAAAUCACCUAUAUGGCUGCCGCUCUCCUCCGCCCCCUCUCUCCCCGCUUUUCCUCUCUCUCCAACUCUUUCACCCCUUCCCCUUUUCCUACCUCUCUCUGUUUGGUUUAGAAAUUGCUCAAUCUGUCAUUUGGGGUUUGGCAUUCUGCCCAGCCCAGCCACUUCUGAGACACGCAGACCUCUCUGUUGUUUUAUAUGUACAUGUCCCCUAGCCAUCCCGACUUCCUCCCAGUCACCCAGUCCUCUCCUGCACCAGCACCUUAGGAAUUCUUGGCAGAAGGCACUUACUGUGGAAGGUUAAACCUCCAAUCAGAUUCUCAGAGGGUCUGUAGGUGUGUUUUAGGCAAAGAGGGGAGGGUUUGGAGAUACUUCCAUGUGUGUUAAUAAACUAUUUCUACAUAUUUAAAUUAUUAGUUGAAGAGGGAGGGAUUAUGCUCCCAUGAUUUAUGGGAAUGAAGAAAGUACUGAAAUAAAAUCAAAUACUUACUGGGUCUUAGAUCAGGUUGGCCCCUAACCUUGGGGAGAUACAAACCCAUCUAUGAGGAUGAGCAAAAACUACUCUCCGGUCCCCUGCAUUGCUUUCUGGAUCUGAAGCUUCAGGACUUGCUGCUUCAGUCAGCCUUUAUUAGCACCAAAGACUUACGGAGGUCCCUCACAAACACACAGCCCUUCCCCUGCCUCCGUCCUGCCUGCAGUAGAAACUGGUUCCGUGGUUGCAGGACCAGCCCUUCCAGAGGGAAUGCAGAGCUUAACGCGUGUACUGUGCGUGUGCGUGUGUGCGUGUGUGUGCGCGUGCGUGCGUGUGUGUGUGUGUGUGUGUGUGUGUGUGUGUGUGUUCCACCUCCCACUCUCUCCCCAUCUGCUCUAUUUUUGUUUUUGGUUUUUCAGGUUUAGGUUUACAACAGAGAGGAAUUACUUUAUCAACAGCCUAAAACUGUUGCCAGUUUUUCUAAUAGUUAAAAAAAAGAAUUGCAGUCUCAUUGAUGGCUCUCUCCCUCCUUUCCCCUCCCAACCUGCUAAUCACUCGUCCAUGCCUGUGUAUCCGGGCUGCUGUUUCCCCACCUGCGCCAGGGAUGAGGCGGAGAGCCCGGCAGCUUUCCUCUCAGUCAUUGUUCACCCUACUUGAAAAUUAAAACAAGAAGACUUUGCUUAAAAGAUUUCGGCCGUGGGAACCACAGUCCCUGGUUGCCUUUCUCCUGUGUCUGUGUGAAUUCCUUAAUAAAUAUUGCAGGGAAGCACCGUU